AAGAAGAAGAAGAUGAAUAUAUAGGCAGACACAUAUAAAUAGGAUAAUAGGUUUAAAUUAGUUCAUCGUGUAGGAGUAGAGGAGCAACCCGCCCGUGGUGUCUUCUGUCGUACUCGUGGCUGAUGGAGGAUCCGAACGCACCACACGGUCCCUCACGCCGCCACGUUCGUCAACUCUCAACUAUGGAGUAAGGACCAUUCGCCUUAUUCAAUUUUCUCUUAGAGAUUUUAUCGAACACUUCUCCACAUCAAUUUUCUCUCAAUGCGACGGUACCCAAAGUUUCUUUCUUUUCUUCACUUAGAAUUGUUUUAUUUUAGUUCGAAGAAAUCCCAAUUUGAAAUCAAUAAUGCUUUCCCUUAAACUGAAGCAUCUCGCCAAAAACAAGUCUAGUUCUGUUUCAAAAACGCAACUUUCUGUAAUCCUCAACACCAUUACCAAUCCAAUUUCUCCUUCUUCUUCUCCUCCUCCUCCUUAUGGCGGUAACGGCACUGGUUCUGCAAUUUCAACUCCAUGGCUAGCUUCAAGAUCAACUACAACCUCUCAAACAAGUAAUGACGGUAUUAGUUACUAUGGUCGAUUGUCUAUGGACCCUGUAGUGGUAUCCCUUAAGGAAUGGUUUAAGACUAGGAACAACAACGCCCUUUUCUAUGAGAUCUUCAAAAUCAUCGGCAGCAAUCGAAACGAGGGCGACGACGUUUCGUUUCGCGUCACAGAUUUGGCUCUAUCUAACUUGAGGAUCCAUCUUGACGAGUCGUUUGUGCUUGAUGUUCUAAAUUAUGGGAAAUACAAAGACGUACUCUCCUGCCUCAAGUUCUUCGAUUGGGCUGGACGCCAACCUGGAUUUGUGCAUACCCGUGCCACGUUCCACGCCAUUUUCGGUAUUCUCUCUAGGGCUAAGCUUUUUUCUCUUAUGCUGGAUUUUCUUGAUAGCUAUAUCAAGCAACGUUACGUUCAUAGGGUUCGGUUUCAUAACACAUUGGUGAUGGGUUAUGCUGUUGCUGGGAAACCUCAAGUUGCACUCCAACUGUUUGGUAGAAUGCGCUUUCAGGGACUCGACUUGGAUGCCUUUGGUUACCACGUGCUUUUGAAUGCUUUGGUGGAGAUGGAAUGUUUUGAUGCUGUUAAGGUUAUUGCUAAGCAGAUUGAAAUGAGGGGUUUUGAGAGUGAGCUUACAUGGUCUGUGAUGGUGAAAAAUUUCUGUAAGCAGAAGCUCUUUGAAGAAGCCGGAGCUUAUCUUCGUGGGUUGGUUAGUGAUGGACGGUCCUUGAAGGGAGAUGAGCUUGGUGGACUUGUUACUUCUCUUUGUAAGGAUGGUAAGUUUGAGCAGGCGGAGAAGUUGAUUGAGGAGUUUAAGGACACCGAGACCGUUCCCAUGACUAAGUCCUACGAUGCUUGGGUAAUGAAUCUUGUUUGGGCUGGUAGACAAGAUGAGGCAUUGGAGUUUAUGAAGAAGCAAAAGUUUUUAGAUGGGUAUGUUCCAGAUUUGUUUCGAUAUAAUUCCUUGAUUUGUAAGCUUCUGAGGGAGAACCGGCUUAAGGAUGUGUUUGACUUGUUGAUGGAAAUGAAAGAGAGUGAGCUUUCCCCCGAUGAUGUCACUAUGAAUGCUGCAUUGUGCUUCUUUUGUAAAGCUGGUAUGGUGGAUGCUGCAGUUGAACUGUACAAUGCGAGGUCAGAGUAUGGCCUCACUCUUAAUAGCAUGGCCUACAAUUUUUUGAUCAAUACUCUGUGCUUAGAUGGGAGCACUGAUAAAGCAUUUGGUGUAUUGCAAGAUUCUGCCGAGCAAGGUUAUUUUCCGGGUAAAAAGGCAAUUUCUAUACUAGCAGAUGCUUUUUGCAGAGAGGGAAAACUUGACAAGAUGAAGGAACUGCUUCUUAUUGCCUUGGAACGAAAUGUUAAACCUAGUGCUUCAACUUAUGGCAAGUUUAUAUCAGCUUUGUGUGCGGCUAAUAGGGUAGAAGAUGGCUAUUUGAUAUAUGAGGAACUCAAUAAGAUAAACGAGGUUGCCACAAGGAGUACUUUCUUUGACUUAAUACAUGGCUUUAACAGAUUAGAUAGGGGAGAUGUUGCUGCUAAACUCGUCAUUGAAAUGCAAGAAAAGGGUUACAAGCCCAGUCGUACCUUGUUCAGGGCUGUUGUUCGUUCCCUUAGCAGAAUGCAGGAACCAGAAACUCAAUUCCUCGAGCUGUUGAAGUUGCAAAUGUCUUGCUCUGACCCCAGUUGUACAAUAUACAACUUUUUCAUCGAAGGUGCUGGAUACGCAAAGAAACCUGAGUUGGCUAGAGGAGUGUAUGAGAUGAUGAUGAAGUGUGGGAUAAAGCCCAAUUUGCAAUCUGACAUUAUUAUGUUACAGAGUUAUUUGAAGAGUGAAAAAAUCUUAGAUGCUGUAAAUUUCUUUAAUAGUUUGCGCACCAGCAGAGUACUUGGAAGAAAACUAUAUGCUGUCAUGGUCGCUGGUCUUUGCAAAGCAAACAAGGUGGAUCUUGCGCUUGAAUUUUUGAUGGAAAUGAAGACAGCUAAAGUGACUCCAAGCAUGGAGUGUUACGAGUUACUUAUAAAGUCAUUGUGCUUAAAUGGAAGAUACGAUGCAGUGGUGAUACUUAUCGAUGAUUUAGAGAAAACUGGCCGUUCCAUUACACCGUUCAUUGGUAACACGCUGCUGUUGUAUUCUUUCCAAAGUCAAGAGCUUUAUGAGGCUUGGACUCGUUUGAAAGAGGAUCAAGCAGAGAAAUCUGAUACCUCAAUGCUUAGACUGCUAAUUGGUGCUUUCUGUGGCCGUAUUAGGGUGAGCGAACAGGUAGAACACUUGGAAGAAGUGAUUGGAAAUUGCUUUACACCUAAUGUAUUCACUUACAAUAUGUUGUUGAGAAGGAUAUGCUCGAUCAAUAUGGACAGUGCUUGUGAGUUGUUCCUUCGGAUGUGUCAAAAUGGUUAUGUGCCGGAUCAGUUUACCUUUGAUAUCUUAGUACAAGGUUUUUCCAGACAUGGGAGGACAAAAGAAGCACACAGAUGGUUAGAAGAAAUGCUUCGCAGAGGAUUUACUCCUGCUGAGUCAACAACAAAGUUAAUGUAGAGUGAUCUGGUUUCUGAAUGAGUCUCUCUCACCCCAAUUUUUGUUAAGGGACUAGAAGUUGAAAACGAUCAGGUUAAUUUCUUCUCAGUGUUCUUGUGAUUGCAAUGUAUCAAUGAAAUGAAAUAAAAAGGAAAGAAGUUUUCAUCUC